CCGACUGCAUUUGAAGUAGAAAUUGAAAAAAUGUUUUUAAAUAACCAAAAGAGUUCUGAUCACCAGAAAACAAUUUCAAACACGAGUACUGAAAACGUUCGCUGCAAAUUUGAUUACAAUGCAAAAUCAAAAGGAACAAAAACUCGCCAAAAAUUGUUUCUGAAUGAUGAAAUGGAAAUCGAAUAUUUGGCACCAAAUCUUCCAAAUCUUCACACAUUAGAAAAGUCUCAAUCGUACAUGAAAUCAACCAACGAUUUGAAUAUUGCACCAAGUGAAGUUGAAAUGGAAAUUGACAAAAUUGCUUUAAGUAACCAACAUCAAGUCCAUCACGUAGAAUGUGAUAAUGCGUUACCAAAUUUACAAAAUAUUGGAGAAAUUCAUAAAUGCAUUAAAUCAAAUGAACCAAUUGAAAAUGAUACCCCAUUAAAUAAAAUUCGAACAGAAAUCGAUACAAAACUCUCAGAAGAAACUUUAAGUAUUAAUACUGUUGCGCCUAAAGUAAGUGAACAACAAAAAAUAAUAUUUAACAUUGAAGAGCCCUCACAUGAAACUUCCGACCGUUUGUUUAAAAAUUUGAAAAAUAGAAUAGAAAAAUUAGAUAAAGAUGUUCAUUGUUCUGCUUUCAAACUGGAUGUAAAAUCCAACACAAAUGAAAAACGUCGUACUAUUUUUUUGAAUGAAGAAAUGGAAAUUGACAAUUUACAACCAGAUCCAGUUGAAGGAGAUAUUAAAGCAACAUGCUUGAAUAAAAAUUUCCAUGUUAAUACUAUAGAAGGCGAGACGAAAAAUCCUGAACAGCGUAAAACAAUAAUAUUUAAUAAUGAAAAGCUUUUAAAUUCAACUGGCAAUAUUUUUUCACACGGAAUCAAGCCCAGAGAUGAAAAUUUAAACGAGCAUAUUGAUUAUUGCAGUUCCGAUUUUGAUACAAAUUCGAAGAGCAAUAGAAAUCGUAAAACGCUUUAUUUAAAUGAUGAAAUGGAACUUGACGUUGUGCAAAAAAAUUUACAGGAAACAGAGAAAGCAAAAAUGGUACCAAGUAUCAAUACCUUUGAAGGCAAAGAAAUGUUAUUAGAAAAGAAUGAGAAUCUAAACGAUGUAAUCAACACAAGUGGAAAAAAUAAUAUUUGCAAUACGGGUCGAAAUAAUUUUGAUGAGCCUAAUGAAUUAGCUGAUAAACGAAAUGGUAUAUAUCAUGAGGUAUCUGGUUCUUCUUGUCAUAGAAACACAAAUCCAACCAAUAAAUAUUUUACUCCUGAAGCAAGUGCAAGCUUUCCAACUGUUAACUGCGUGUCAAGCAAUUUUAAGGAUCUUGAUAACACUGAAAUGAUGUUGCAUCAAUUAGGUAACCCCUCCAAAUAUUUUAGUGAAAAACUGCAUCCCACGAUCUCUCUUAAUGGCGAAGAUUCAAAUAAAAUGAAUAAAAGUAAAAAAUCUUUAAGCUAUCUUCGAAAAAAUGAAGUAUCGAAUUUUGAAAAGACGAACGAAAAGGAAUUUAGUCAAUUUAAAAAUGUUCACAAAUGUACUCCCCCGGAGGCUCCGUUUCUGAAACGAAGUAAUAAAUUACAUUCAAUUAGCAAUAAAUUUGAAAUAACACAAAAAGAUGAAAAUAUUGAAAAUAAGAAGAAGGGUGGUGGCACCAAUGAAAUUGAACAAAACUAUAUAAGUGAAAAACCUGAAAAAGAGACAACUUUAAAAUUAAAAUGUAAAGAAGACGAACAUUUUCAAAAGACUUUACUUUAUAAUAAAUUUAAUGAUUUGGAGUUGACCGGCAUUAAAGCACUAGAUUACUCGAUUGAAGCAAGUUCAAUUAACUGUCAACCAGAACAACUUACAAAAAAUCAAAUAAAUUUUGCUUUAAUGAAUGAAAUAUCAAACUUAAUUAAUAAUGAACCGAAUCAAGUUAUACUUAAAAAGGAAGAAGGGGAUAUUAUUAGAAUAGAAAAUAUUGAUGGUGAUACAAAGAUACAAGUAUUCAGUCCAGUACAUGAACAAACAAAUACGUCUUUUUUAUCGAAUUUACCUACACCAUUAUUAAAUGAAAUUUCAAAGCCCAUUCCUGUUAUUAAAAUUGCAAGUCCCAAUCAUGCAAUUUCAUCACUUAAUAAACCAGUAGCAGGAUCCAACAACGAAUUAUUCUUAUCUAGCAAGCAAAUUAGUAAAAGCCCACGAAAAGAAAUUUAUUUGAGAAAUUCACCAAUGAAAACAUCAGAAACGCAAGAAAAUGAAAUUCAUCAUAGUGAGAAAUCGGUUAAAAGUUAUCGAAGAAAUUUGAAUUUCGAUGAGAAACAAAACGAUGCUUUGAACGAUUGUGAAAAUUUUCCAGAAAAAACUAUUAAAACUGCUGAAGAUGUAUUAAGCAAAAGGAAAACAAUAACGAAUAAUACCAAUUCUUCAAUGAGAGUUUCGGUUCUUAGUGCAAAUCAAUUUAGGAGUUGUUUUAAUGAAAAUGAAAGUUUUCGUGACACUAUUGAAAACACGAAUCUUAGUUUAGUGCAGAGCUCUGCGGAAAACUCUUGUACAAGCACAGCAAAUGAAAAACAAGAACUUAGAGAGAUCUCUUGUGAACCUAAAAAAGACCUUUUUUCAAAUUCAUUUUCUUGUUCCAGAUGUAGAAAGUGCAGAUUUUCAAUUGACGCUACGAAUUUUGAAAAUUUUAAAUUAGAAUGUAACCCUAUUAAGCCAAUAGAUUUUUCAAUUUUAGAUAAAUUUAAAAAUUUACCAACUAUAGCAGAUGUAUGGCAUGCAGAUGAAAAACGACAAAUUGAAAAGUAUUCACUAAAUUUCACUGGUAUUGACAAUGAAAAAUUGGAUGCACGCAGUAUAACAGAAACACAAAUUAAAAAUUGCUUUCCUUUCAUAAAUAACUUUGAAAUACAGUUGAAAAAUAAAUUCCCUAUCAUAAAUGACUUUUGGAAACUAAAAGUACGCAGCUUCUAUAAUAGCAACUUUAUAAUGUUAACACACUCCAAAUGUCCGAUAUUUGAAUUGGUAAUUGAAUGCUGUCCCUUAAAUUUUGAAGAUUAUAAUAAAAAGUUUUAUAAAAUUGUUGCCAGGGAAAGUUGCAUAUAUUCGGAAGAUUGUUGGUCACCUAAAGAUAAAUUAAUGUAUUUGGAACUAUCGAAAAAUUUUCCAUCAAAUGAAUCACUUUAUAAUAAAUAUUCAAAGCUAAAACAUCUACCUGAUUGUUUAAAAUAUUUUAACGCCUUGGUAACGGAAACAGUGCAGAAAGUUCAAGAGUUAAUAGAAGUUAUAAUUUUGAAUGAAGCCGAUUUAAAACAUUUUGAAGAUAAAGUUGCAAUUCAUAAAAAUCACAGAUAUUAUUCAAAAGAGAAACAAAUCAAAUCAAAAGUUAUAAUCAUUAAAAUCUCUAGAAUAGAUGAAUUAUCCAUAAAAAAUAUUGCUACACCACCAAUGUCAGAUUUUACAAAUUUUGCAAUUAAAGAACUUCCAAUCGGAAUAGAUUUUAUUAAAUUGAUUUUAAAUGAUCCAAUGAUGUAUUUAGUAUAAAUUUUUAAGUAGUUUUCUUAUUUCUU